AUGAACUGGUUCGGAUCGGUUCAUAAUUUAACCAUUGUUCCUGAAGAAACAUUAGGAAAGUCAACCAUAAUAAAAUUAAAAAAGUAUAAAACAUUCGAAGAACAGUAUAAUAUAGGUCCUAUGACUUUAUUAUAA